CGAGAAGUCGAGAACCUCUUGCUUCACUACAAUAGGAAAACCCUGUUAUUAAUAAUUAUUAGUGCCAUAGCACUUGCUCAAAUGCCGCUUGCGUCCGUCAUCUAUAGCCAAAGUCCAGGUUCAGAUCUUGGGGAAUCAGCAUGGCUUCUCACCGUCAGAGCAAGCCGAGACGCAUACAUUUGGUCCUUGACUGGGAUGGAACUCUAACUAUGCGGGAUACGAUGAGCUUCCUCUCAAAAUUGCCAGUUGUAUCGAGCACCUCGACAGCAUCUGGACACGCGAAUGAUCCAGCAGGACCGCAAGGAUGGGACGACCUUGUAGCCGCCUACUUAGACGACUUUCGACAACACCAAGAGGCGUACACACCAGCGCCGGACCAAAGACUCUCUGCAACUGAAGAGUCAAAGUGGCUCGCGAGCCUGAAAGGAGUGGAGGGCCGGAGUGCCGCCAGAGCCUUGCGGGCGGAUUUCUUUAAAGGUACCACCGAGACGGAUCUCCACAACCUGGCCAAGGACCUUAUUGAGAGCGGCGAACUCCAGUUAAGAGAUGGCUGGGACUCAGUGCUCCUGGAAGGCUCGAAAUCAAUGAAUCAGCCCUCAGCGUUUGACCAGGUCAAGAUUUCCAUACUCAGCAUCAAUUGGAGCGCUGCGUUUAUCCGGCAUUGUCUUCUUGAAGCAGCGCGGUCGUACCAGAACGUAAACAACGACGCAUUGACCCGAGCCAUCGAUCAUAUCGAGAUCAGCGCUAAUGAGUUUGUUUGCGGUUCUCAUCCAAGUACUGGCUCAGGGAAGCAUAUCAUGACCAGUGACGAUAAGCAUUCCCAGUUUCGAACCAUGACAGGCGCACAGUCGGCGUCAGAUCGGGAGUCCGCGUUCGAUAACUAUAACAUUUAUGUUGGAGACAGUUCAACCGACUUUGACUGCAUUCUUGAUGCAGAUGUCGGGGUCUGCGUUCAGGACAUCCCCUUAACGUCCACCCAGGCGGGUCUUACUGCAAUAUUCGCGCGACUCGGCAUUCAGAUAUUCCCUUUAUCAGACUGCCCGAGGCUGUUACCGACCCCGCGGCAGCUUGGUGUUUGGCGCAUUGGUAGUCUAUCAGAGAUUUGUACCUUCCUCGACGUUACUGCUGCCUAGUAAGAUUAUAAGGCAACCCCUUCUAGAGGACAAUAGGCGGGUAUGUCCACGGUAUGCCUGAUUCAGUCAGGUAUGAGGACGAAACGCCAGAGAGUCGAGGCUGUCAAUAUUACAUAGACAAUCAUAGGUGCCCGAGCACCGGCAUGGGCUGACUCAGGAGGCAUUGCAUCGCCACAUUGGCUUGUUAUGUAGACAGGGCAGCUUUCUAAGGUAUUGCCUAUUCUGUAUAUCAAUGGUUGGCAUUUUUCGGUAAAAUCACGUCUACCAUGCACCAGUAUCGCAUCGAUCGACCAUAAGAAGCUCUCGGUCC